AUGAGUCGAAUUUCUGUACAUCAAGCUCUAGGCGGUGGUGCAGCUAGGUUAUUUGUUGUCUGUCAAGAGGGUUUCAUUAUAUAUUAUUUCCACUUGCACGAUCUAUCCACGGUUCAUUUAUUUAUUUAUUGUUUUUUAUUUCGAUCAGUUGCCGAUGUAUUGCUGUGGAGGAGAAGGGUUGGAAGUGUUUUCUUAUUAGCAGGUUCCACUUCCUUGUGGUUACUCUUUGAGUGUGCCGGUUACAAUCUCCUCACUUUUGUUUCAAAUAUUAUGUUAUUUCUCGUUUUCAUCCUCUUCUUUUGGGCUAAAUCCGCUUCACUUCUAAACAGACCACUGCCUCCACUUCCUGAUCUUGAUAUAUCUGAGGAAUCAGUUUUGAAGCUUGCUGAUGCAAUUCAUCCAUUAGUCAAUCGUGCAUUGUCGGUUGCUCGAGAAAUUGCAGUUGUUGGGGAUCUAAAGUUCUUUCUUCAGGUUGCUAUUGGCCUCUGGGUGAUAUCUUUUCUUGGUAGUUGCUACAGUUCUCUAACUAUUGUUUACUUUGGAAUAAUUCUCAGUUUAUCGGUGCCUAUGUUGUAUGAUAAGUUUCAAGAUCAAGUUGAUGAUAAGUUGAGUAUAGCUCAUAGAAUCAUUGAGGCACAAUACAUGAACCUCGAUGAUAAUCUAAGAAAGAUUCAGUUGCAACUCAAAAAGGAGAAGAAGAUUCAAUAGGAAAAUUUGUAAGCCUCUUUUUGUUUGAAAUGCAUGUUCAUAUUACAUUUGUUACUAUUAUAUUCAUCAUCUUAAAGUUAAAAGUAUGCUCAUCAUCCAAUAUUUGUUUAUUU